GUAGGCUGCCGGCUGUUUUAACUCGGAAGCUGCCGCAAGAGGAGCAUGAUGAAGCAAGAUGACCGACAGUGACCCAUAGAUUGUAUAAAGGCAGUGACUUCAGCCAAACGUCCUAGCAGUUGUUCCAUUAUCUACUUCGACCCAACAUCAUUAUUUUUUGCCGUCGUAAUAGAUCUUUACCAAAUAGCUUGACAUUCUUUUGAAGAAUCAUCGCCGAGGAAAGCGGACUCAUUUCGCCUUUCUGAGACUGCCCGCUAGUGCUUUCCCUGCGCAAAAAAAAAAAUGGAUAAUGGCAAGGCAUCGGAUCAGAAAAGAACAGGCGCUUGCCAAGAGAAUGGUUUGAUAAAUGGAUUCAAUCCUACACAAACUGAAAACGGGAGCUGCAAUACUUUAGGUUUUAACGGAACCAGUAGCAGUGGUAGUGGAGGGUGUAGUAGUAAUAGUAGUAGUGGUGGUGGUUGUAGCCAUAAUGGAAUUGAAAAUGUCCACCAUCUUCACGAGGAUGUCUAUAAUAAUGGGUCGCCUCCAAAGCGGUGCAGACUCAGGAGAAGAAUGGAUUCUGGCAAAAAGAACCGACCGCCCUUCCCCUGGUUUGGGAUGGACAUCGGCGGCACCCUGGUGAAGCUGGUCUACUUUGAGCCCAAGGACAUCACGGCAGAGGAGGAGCAGGAGGAGGUGGAGAGCCUGAAGAGUAUCCGUCGCUACCUGACCUCCAAUGUGGCCUACAGCGACACGGGCAUCCGCGAUGUCCACCUAGAGCUGAAGAACCUGACCAUGUGCGGCCGGAAGGGCAACCUGCACUUCAUCCGCUUCCCCACCCAGGACAUGCUGGGCUUCAUCCAGAUGGGCAGAGACAAGAACUUCUCCAGCCUGCACACCACACUCUGCGCCACCGGCGGAGGGGCCUACAAGUUUGAGGAGGACUUUAGGACAAUCGCCAACCUAGAGCUACAGAAGCUAGAUGAACUGGACUGUCUUAUCCAGGGGCUUCUCUAUGUGGACUCAGUGGGGUUCAAUGGCCAUCCAGAGUGCUACUUUUUCGAGAACCCCUCUGACCCCGAGAGUGAGAACUGUGUCAAGAGAACGUGUUGCCUUGACAACCCCUUCCCCAUGUUGUUGGUAAACAUUGGCUCAGGGGUCAGCAUCCUGGCAGUCUAUUCGAAGGACAACUACAAACGGGUCACAGGCACCAGUUUGGGAGGUGGUACUUUCCUAGGCCUGUGCUGCUUGCUGACUGGCUGCGAGACGUUCGAGGAGGCCCUGGAAAUGGCAGCGAAGGGGGACAGCAGCAACGUGGACAAACUGGUGAAGGACAUCUACGGAGGAGACUAUGAACGCUUCGGUCUCCAGGGGUCUACUGUUGCAUCUAGUUUUGGUCAUAUGAUGAGCAAGGAGAAGCGUGACAGCAUCAGUAAGGAGGACCUAGCCCGAGCCACUCUCGUCACCAUCACCAACAACAUUGGUUCUAUUGCUCGUAUGUGUGCGGUGAAUGAGAAAAUUGAAAGAGUGGUGUUUGUUGGGAAUUUCCUGAGAAUCAAUACAGUGUCAACGAAGCUGCUUGCGUAUGCCAUGGACUUUUGGUCCAAAGGACAAUUAAAAGCUCUCUUCUUAGAGCAUGAGGGUUAUUUCGGGGCCGUCGGUGCCUUCCUGGAGCUACUGAGGAUAACGGAUGACCUUUGAGAGAGACAGAUGCAGACGAAACCCUAACUCUGACAGUGCUGCUCUACAGUUUCGGAAAAGCUACUGACUGGACGAAAUUCAUUUGAAUAAUUUAACUGUUUUAAGAGGUUCUACUAAUUACCCUCCUCGUCUGCUGAUGUUUUAGAAAAUUGAUUUUUAAUAUUAUGAAUGCAGGCUGGAGGAGAUGAGGUUGGUAUUUUAUUUGCCACUGGAAAGAAAACCUUGGUACUUAUUGUUUAUAAAAACCCUAACUGUAUAUUGAAUGUGUGAUUAAGCCAAAUACUACUGAUCCCCGAUCCUGUGCGUGUUUUUGCUUUUGUUUACUUAUUUGUGAUCUGAGACCCCCCAAAAAAUAACUUAUUGGUUCCUUAUUUGUUCUAAUUUGUUUAUUUUGUAUUAUGAAGUACUUACAAGAUGUAAGUAGAUACAUUGAUCUUUAACUUAUAGCAUUAGCUUACAACUAGCUUUUGCACUUUUUUCUAAUCAAUCAUCCUAGCCCAAUGUUCUGUGAUAUGAUUUGCGAUAUAAUCAAAUGUAUUAUCCUACUGUACACGUGAAUCGUUACUCUUAUCAACCCAUUCUGUCAACCCGUCAUCUAUGGUUUUGACAAUUUGUGGAAUAUGGAGCAUUAAGCAAUAGCUAAAUUUGGCUGAAAAUGUUGCAGGUUGAUUUUGCGUAAUGAUAUGCUGCAAUACCUUAGAACAUUUUACAUAAUGGAUCUAUUUUAUCAGUAGCAGUAGAAUGACCAGUACCCAAAAUCCUCCCUCUGUAUUCACUUGAAUCCAGUAUUAUGUCUAGCCUUUCCUGUCCCAUGCCUUAUAAUUCCAUUGCUGUUUUACUGAAACAGUUAACUUUGGAACCAAGCCUUCGGUACUAAAUUAUCCUUAGAAACCUCACAAAAUAGACCCUGUCCGUGACUCCACUCUCUGGGGGACUUGGGAUAUGCAAAAAACACAUUUUCAAUUCACACACGCGUAUUAAUACAUGUGUGAAAUAGGACAAAUAUAAACACCCACCUAAUAAUAAUAAUUAUUAUUAUUAUUAUUAAGUAGAUGUUCCUCAGCAAAGCCAAAUCACUGACUCACUAAGCAGUGCUACGUAAAGUGUCCAUUGUGAGUCAUUAGAUUCCAAACCUCUAUGUGAAGAGACUUUAAGAGUUUUACUUACUACAGUUAUGUUUUCAUUGUCAUCAAAGAUGGGGACCAUUUCUGCCUGCCUUCCUACCUGUAAUAAUCAGUAUGUGCUUCAUGAUAGUAAUUUAAUAUUUGUUUUGGAUGUACUGUAUUGAGUACUCUAGUCGAAAGGAGAUUUGACUCUCCUACUGUAUUUCUUGGUUAAAUUUCAUGACAUUUCAUGAUGGAAUUUGGUUUCAAGUGAAACUGCAUGCUGGCCUGUGAACCGCUGUGAGCUGCAUAACCCUUCUGCCUUCCUGCCCUCUUCAGAGGGUCCCACGACCAAUCUCCUCAACCAAACCAUACACCAAUGCUGCGUCUGAAAUGGCACACUAUUCCCUUUAGUGCAAUACUUUGGAACAGAUCACGCUUUCCCCUAUAUAGUGCACUAUUUUGACCAGGGCCCAUGAUUUUGGUCAAAGGUAGUGCACUAUGUAAGGAAUAUAAGGUGCCAUCUUGGACUCAUCCCCACACUGACUUCGCUAACAUCAUACGUUUAUUUUUUAUCCCAAUUUAACCUGGGGGAGUUUUCAGCUAUACAUUGACAGAUUUUCAAAUGUGCUUUAUGAAUUGAACUACUGAAUAGGACAUGUCAUGGCGAAUAAAAUAUGUAACUCUGAACCUGAUUCAACUGGAUUACGGAGCUGGGUCUUGCUAUAGAUUCAGCCUUGCUUCAAUGUCAUCAUUAAAACUGUUCUCUGAGCUGUG